AUGCUGGGUCAAAAACAUUUUCUGCGGCAGCGACAAAAAGAUGUCAUUCGUGAGAUGAUUUUAUCUUCAGUUCCACUGACAUAUGGAGGAAUUCCACAGCAGCAGCAGCAGCAACCACCACAAUCCUACUCAAGUGGAGAUGAGACAACUAUCACAACAUGGCGUCUUCUUAUAUAUGAUGAUAUUGGACGAGACAUCAUUGCACCAUUACUGAGAGUUGGGGAUCUCAGAGAGUUGGGGGUAACAUUAUAUAUGCAUAUCAACAGCAAACGAGAACCUGUUCCAGGUGCACCUGCUAUAUAUUUUUGUGCUCCAACGGAUGAAAAUAUUAACCUCAUCGCUAAUGACGCCGUAGGUGAGUUAUAUGAAUGGAUGUAUGUAAAUUUUACUUCUCAAGUUUCACGACGUGGAUUAGAACUUUUUGCAGAAAAACUUACUCGUGGACAACUUCAAAGUAUUCAACACAUUCGUGUUUUUGAUCGAACACUUAAUUAUGUUGCAUUAGAAAAUGAUCUUUUUGUUUUAAUGCAACAAAAUUCUUUGGUAACUUUAAAUAGUCGCCAUGCAAAGGAUGAUGAAGUAGAGAGUCAUUUAAAUGCUAUUGUAUUAGGUAUUUCUCACGUUCUCCUUUCACAACAGGUACUUCCAGUUAUAGUUCAUAGUAAAACAGGAGCUGCAGAAGAAGUUGCACGACGUUUAUCUAUUUGUCUUAAUGAUCAUCUUAAUGAUCGUACUCUAACACCUGCUUCUGCUGCCGUACUUGGUCGGCCUUUAUUACUUAUUGUAGACCGUACUAGUGAUCUCGCUACAGUUUUACAUCAUCCUUUUUCAUACCGUGGAUUAUUAAUGGAAUUGGGAAAUAUGCAUUUAAAUAAGGUAACAGUACAUGGAGAGGAUGGAAAAGAAGUGGCUUUUGAAAUUGAUCCUGAUAGGGAUGAUUUUUACCGUGAUAAUGCAACUCUUGAUUUCAGUGCGGUUGGUGGAAAUAUUGAAGCUGCAUUAAAACAAUACCGUGAAGAAUAUGCCGCUCUUUCUGAGACGGCUUGUGAUGGAGAAGAUGAUACAGAUGCUAAUUCUAUGUCUAAACUCUUAGCAAAUGCCCCUAAACUUGGAGAAAAAAAGAGAAUGUUAGAUGCACAUACAAAGAUGGCCUACAGUUUUCUUCAUCAAAUUCGUAAGAGUCAUCUUGACCGUUUUCAUGGUGUAGAAUUAGGACUUAUUCAACGUGAAGGACUUGAUCGUGAGGAAUUUGAAAAACUUUUCUUAUCAUCACUAGGAACAUUAGAAGACCGUCAACGUCUUUAUCUUAUUGCAUUCCUUUUAGAUACUGAAGGAGAGUAUGAAGCUAUUCUGCAACGUUGUGCAGCCUCCUUUGGAGAUACACCUUUUCCGGCUCUUAAAUACAUUAAACAUUUACGCAACUGGUCUUUGGGUGUGGCAAGUCCAACCACAGGAGAAUCCAGUGCAGCAGAAGGAUUUGCAUGGGGACUUGCACAGACAUUAGCAAAGAAUAUCGCCAGCACACUUGGAGCUAAUGCGAAAUCGGAAUUGCCACUCACAAAACUUGUAGAUGCACUUCUUCAAGAUCCUUCUUCAACAUCAUCUGGUGGAGCUGCUGCCCGUACAAUAGGUGGAACAAAUACUCUUCGUACAAAAUUACUGGAAACCGUCGUUGGGUAUGAUCCACGAACGAGAAAAAGUGUAGAUUUGGGAGAUAUGUACUUUUCACAGGCGAUUGUAUUCACUAUUAGUGGUGGUUGUGUGGCCGAAUAUGAUGAUCUUAAAGUGUGGGAGGCCGCACAUCCCCGAAAGUCCGUCAGUUACGGAUGUACGGCGCUGCUGACGGGGAAUGAGGCCCUUCAGCAACUUUCAACGUUAGGGGAAGGGACCGCGUGA